AUGCUGAUUGAAAGUGACGGGAAAGCCCUGCAGCGUCCGAUCCUAUCGCCCGACGGCAGAUCGUUGGCAGUUAUUGCACCGGACGAACGAAUACAUAUUAUCGAUCUGUGUGAAGCAGCCAAAGGACGGAGAUUCAUCCAUGGACUCAAGCUUCCCAGACCAGAGCGCGCUUUCCUGCGAAGUUGCACCAUCCUCCGUUGGUCACCGGAGACCAUACUUAGCCCUGAAAGCGAGACUGCAGAAGAAAUCCGAUCCGCCACAUCAUCCGAGUGUGACUAUGGAAGAUCCUGGCUGCUUUUGUCAGAUACCAAACGCCUGAUUGCUCUAAGCACAGACAUCAGAGCGCCGAGGAUGAUGUCCGACAUCGACGAUGAGACGGGCGCAAAGUCCAAUAUCCUUGCGGAUUACAAUCUAGGGGGCCAGCUUGGAACAGCCAGUCUCGUAGAUUUCGUCUUCAACCACAGACACGCACUAGUCAUGUUUGAGUUUGGCUCAACUGCAGCCGUUCUUUCUCUGACCAGACCUCAACGAAAUGAAAUUCCCCAUAUCAAGUUUCCAGAUAUGAGAAGUCUGGCAAAGUCGCCGGAUUCCAGGUAUUUUGCCCUGCUCCGGCGCGACAAAGCACAAGACCGAGUGACGGUGUUUGAACUGGGAGACGACAAUCAAGUCAUAUACAAAUCCUUCGAUUGCAACACUUCAGAUGCCCAGGACGUGACAUGGUGCCCGACUGGUCAACCACUUCUGGCUGUACGGGACUCGUCUACCUAUGGUGUUAAAGUCUCGUUCAUGACCGCCGAGGGCCAUACACUCAGACAACUGGAAAUCAAACCUUCGGUAUUCCAGAGGGAUCUCAAUCUUGCUCCCGUCAAUGAAGUCGAGGGUGUGGGUCUCACCUUCUGGAGUUGGACCAGGGCAAACAGACACAACAACGCUCUUACGCUCCAAGCGCUGGCAAAUGGACAGAAGCAGUUGCUUGUGAGAUACCAGCCCUCCAACAGUAUUGGUGCUCGUAUCCGAACGAAACUCGUGCAUCCAGACGUGAUCAACGGUGCAACAACAUUUGCAUGGUUGGAGUCUGGUAAAUCCACGACCGAGAAUUCUCCAACGUUCGCAAGACAGUCGGGAACUUUCGAGGUAGCGAGCACAUUGUCUAGCACCGACUCAUCUUCGCAGCCCCGUCAUGCCUCUCAUUCGCAGUCCUCGGCACAAGAAGUCGACCAAGUCGUCCUGGUAGAAUUGAACUCGACUCAUACGCUGCUUGCCACGCGGCUACGGGCCUCUCCACGAACGUUGUUCAUCUGGAAUGCACACAAAACCGCAAUUCCCCUCGCCGUCCUGAUUUUUGCGCAUUCCAUCCGUCAAGUCCACUUCCAUCCUUACCUUCCGCAUGUACUCAUCAUCCUGACAGCGUCAAAACUACCAAGACUAUAUGCUUGGUAUCACCAUACCCUGCCUCCCUCGGCCGGUCUGCUUCCGAUCGACGUGAGCGGAUCACCAGACUUUUGGGGAGCUUGGUUGCCGGGAUGCAUCACGCAUAAUGGCAGCAAUGACCGGUGUCCGUUUCUCUUUACCUCGAGCACCGCAUUCGAAGCUGGCUAUUUGUCUACCCGCGAGGGACAACUGGUUUUCGAAAGCAUCUUGCGUCGUCCCCCACUUUCCGGAGACUUGACAAUGAACCUAGGUGAUGACGAGUCAACGACGGAGGUGAUAGAGACACCGAGUCGACCCAGCAAGCAGAAAGCCAAAGAAUCCGAAAUGGGAACCACGAAGAAGAAGAAGGCCCGCUUUGAUGUCCCCCCGAAUCCAAAGACUGACUGGGUGGAUGAUCCAAUACAUGCACAGGCCGGGUACGCUUACGCCUGGUGA